UUAGUCACUGCUGCUAAACCAGAAAUCUAAUAAGAAAAAAGUGAAAAUAACAAAACAAAUGCGAUAAAUUUUGUUGAAAAACGCAGCGAUAACUAUGCGCAGUUGAAUGGCGCGUUAACAACAAUUGAAAACGUGCCAGUUAAACGCAAAGUGCCCAAUAAUAACGACACUACAAAAAUAAAAUUAAUAAAAAAAAAAGACGACGAAGAUGAACGAAGAAGAAGAAACGACAGCAGCAGCAGCAGUCGAAUCGUUAUGAUAAGUUUGUGCGAGUGCGGUGCAACGAAAAUAACAUACAUAAUACGUGUGUGUACAUAAUACAAAUGAAAGCGCCUGCCUCCGUGUGCGUGCGUGUGUGUACAUAUACGUGUACGUGUGCAUGUGCGUGUGUGUGCCUGCUUGGUUUGGCCUGUUGUUGGUGAAAAACAAAAAAAAAACAAAAUCGGAGCAGUAGCUAAAUUUACAUACGUACAUACAUAAAUAUAUCAACAAGGAAAUGCAAUACAAUAACGGUCAAAUAUCGGCUUCGGGCACGGGCCGCCGCAACCAGCCCCAACAAACCAUCCGCGUGCUGUAAUCCCGCUACCCCAAUCGGAAAUGCUCGUGGACCCCAAUUGGAAAACGCAACCAAAACAACACACAAAUACAGCUAUUUAAAGUGUCGUUGCUGCCUCUGCCACUGUCGCAGUCAACGUCCGUGUGAAAAGAGGUCAAAGGCGCAACAAAAGUUUUUCAUUUCGUUGGUAACGAAAAUCAAAAAAAAGCAACAAAAAAAUUGUGCCCAAGCAGCUGAGCGCAAAGAAAAACGUCGUAGUUGUGCGUUAAAACAAUAAACGCGAGCAAAGCGCGCGCAUGUGUGUAUGGGUGUGUGCGUGCGUGUGUGUAAGUGAGCAAACAACAACAAUAACUUAUAGAAGAAGAAGAAGCAGCAGCAGCAGCAGCAGCAGCACAAAAAUCUUUUGCGCGCGGCCAUUAACAAAUUCCCAACUGGCGCGAACAACAACAACAACAGCAGCAGCAGCGCUCAAAACUGAAAUUAGAAAUCAAUUUUCGUAUUAAAAAAGAAACAAGCAGAACGCAAAAUAAAAUCUGGUUUUAUCAGUCGCCACACAACAAAAUAAAAACGGCUGACAAGUUUUUAGCGCGUACGCGGUAAAGAAGAAGACGCAGUAAAAAAGAACCAAAAAACAACAACAAUAACAACAACAACAACAGCAAGAAAAGCUACAUACGAGCGAGCUUAGAACAAACAAAACAACAAAACGAAAAGCUUGACAGCAGCUGGGCGCUAACAAGUAGUAAAGCAACAAAAAAAAAAAGCGCCAAAAAAUAUAUAUGUACGUGCAUAUAGUAUAUAUUCAGCCAUAACAGAGCCAUCAUAAUUUAAUGCAUAUAUAAAACAUACUUAUUUUAAUUAAGUAACAACAAAGCCCAACGACAGCGCGAAAUUAUUCAACUUUUGUUUUUGCACAGCCAAUCCGGCCAAUUAGAGUUGCCAGUUAGUUGGCAAAGAGAGCGAGAGCGCGCGAGAGAGCGCCCAAAAAAAGAAGAAGUGCGAGGAGGAGCGUGUGAGCACGCUUGAGCACAAGCGAGAACAACUGAUUUUUUGUUGUCAUAGCGCGCGCUUGACAAACUGAUCAGGACACGCACACAGAGGACUGCAGCCAUGGCCAAUCCGCGCAAGUUCAGCGAGAAGAUUGCGCUGCAGAAGCAGAAGCAGGCGGAGGGCACAGCCGAGUUCGAGCGCAUCAUGAAGGAGGUGUAUGCCACCAAAAUGGACGAGACGCAGGCGAAUCAAAAGAUAUUGGAGUGCUGCGUCAGCGGCAUCGACAGCGGCGCCAGCAAUGCCUCGCCAGGUGCGGGUGCGGGUGCGGGCGCGGGCGCGGGCAAUGGCACGGGUGGCGGCAGCGGCAAUGGCAGCGGUGCCAGCGGCGGCGCCUCGCCGGACGGACUUGGCGGUGGUGGAGGUUCACCCACAGCGUAUCGCGAGUCGCGCGGGCGCAGCAUGGGCGGCGGACCUGUGCGGCGGCAAUCGGAGCGCAAGCAGGAUCGUUCGCCCUACGGCAGCAGCUCAACGGGCGCCGGCGGUCUGAUCAAUGCGAUGGGCCUGCCCAACAGCAGCAGCAGCAGCACAGGCAGCACCAGCAAUAACAACAACAACAACAACAUCAACAACAACAAUGGCACACAACAGAACCUGUACUUGAGUCCGCCAAUGGACACGAAUUGGCGCCGUUCCAACUCGGACUCGGCGCUGCACCAGAGCGCGGUAGCCGCGGAAGGUGGCUUUGCCACGGACAUGAAUUCGCUGCACGCCAACUAUGCACAGCUGCAACAGCAGCAGCAGCAGCAACAGCAGCAGCAGCAGCAACAGUCGCCGCACAGUCAACGAUCUCACUCGCCGCAUCAGAUUGGACGCAGCUUUAGUCCGCAGGCACAAAGGAGAAAGUCGCCGCUGUUGCCGCAUCAGCUGCAGCUGCAGCAGCUGCAACAGCAUCAGCACAAUAUGCAGCAACAGCUGCACAUACACCAACAGCAACAGCCACAAGCACAACAGCAGCAGCUGCACCAGCAGCAGCAGCAGCAACAACAGCAACACCAGCAGCAGCUGCAUCCCUCGCAGCAGCAGCAGCAACCAACGCCAUACAACAAUGCCAAAUUCGUGAACUCUUUCUUCAGGCCGCUGCAGGAUCAGGCCAGCUAUGCCAAUACCGGCUCCCUGCCCAAUCUCACCGCACUGCAGCACUAUGCAACACCACAGCAACAGCAGCAACAGCAACAGCAGCAACAACAACAGCAGCAACAGCCACAGCAGCAACAGCAACAGUUGCUGCAGCAGACGUUGUCGCCCGUUAUGUCGCCGCACAAUCAACGACGCGAUCGGGAUCAGUCGCCCAGUCCGUUUAGUCCGGCGGCGGCGGCGGCGGGGGGCGGUCCACCAUCGCCGUACCAUCAGCAACAGCACUCGCCAACGUCCGCCGGCGCCGGCAGCACGCCCGUCCAGCCGCCGAGCAGCUCGCCGCACUUAUCGUUCAGUCCGCUGCCGACGCUGGGCGCCAACAAUGGCACCUCCACGUCGAUUGUGUCCGGCAAUCUGACCGAUUAUCGCCAGCCAGCCAAUCCGUCUAGUCCGCGCUCCUCGCCCGGCCUGCUAAGCAGCGUCUCCGGCAGCGAACUGCACACCAGCGCACCGGCCAGUCCCAUCCGUGUGCAGCAGCAGCAGCAGCAAACGCAGCAGCAGCAGCAACUCUCGGGCGCCUUUGAUGCCGCCUACAACAGUCUGAAUCCCUCGUUUCACAAUCACUUUGAGAACUUUUCGCUGGGCGACAGCAACUCGUCGCCGGAGCAGCAAAGUUUUGCCAACAACUUUGUCGCUCUGGACUUUGACGAUAUGGCGGCGCCGAAUGGCACCAAUGGACCCUAUCAUAAUCAGGAACAAGCACAAAACAAGCUCUUGGACUUUAGCGAGCUGAGCGCCAGUCCCGAGGCGAGCGCCAACAACAACAACCUCAGACGCAUCAACAACCAACAGCAGCAACAGCAACAACAACAACACCAGCAGCAGCAGCGGCAGCAGCAGCAGCAACAACUCCUCAACAACAACAGCAAUGGAGCGGGCACGGCGGCAACGCACAAUGGCGGACCCAGUCUGAACGGGCCGGAGAGUCAGCAUCAGCACCACAACAACAAUAGCAGCAAUGGUGGGGGCGUGGCUGAGCCGCUGGUCGCCUCGCCGGUGCCCUCGCCGCUGGGCUGUCCCAGCUCGCCGCUGCCCAUACCCAUGUCGGCGCAGGCAUCCCCACAGCAGCAGCAGCAGCAGCAGCAGCUGUCACUGUCGCUGCACCACUCGCCGCACCACUCACCGAUGCACUCGCCGCACCACUCGAACUCGCCGCUGUCGAGCAGCUCGCCCGUGAGCAACGCCUGCAACUCCAACAUGAUAAUGAAUCAUCAUCACCAGCAGCAGCAGCAGCAGCCGCAGCCUCAAACGCACCAUCAUCACCAGCCUCAACACCAACACCACCACCAGCAGCAGCAACAGCAGCACCACCAGCACCACCAAUCGCAUAACCACACGCCCACCACAGCCAAUAUACCCGCUAUUAUAUUUAGCGAUUACUCCUCGAAUACGGACUUUAAUCGGGAGAUUUUCGAUACGCUUGAUCUGGAUUUGGGGCAAAUGGAUGUGGCGGGACUGCAGAUGCUGUCGGAUCAGAGUCCGAUCAUGAUUGCCGAUCCGAGCAUCGAGGAUAGCUUUCGUCGCGACCUCAACUGAUACUAUGAGGAGGCUGUUGCGGCCAUCGAGAGCGGCGUCCUGCUCGAGGACACCUACGAGGCGCUGCUGGAUGCCGGAAUUGCCAUGCCACUGCCGUCCUCCAGUUCCGCCGGCAGCUGCGCGGAUGUCCAGCAGCAGGCGGCAGCAGCAGCAGCGGCGGCAGCAGCAGCAGCAGCAGCUAGCGACAAGGACAAGAAGGACUUGGAGGUGAUUGAGCUUCUUGUGCCGGGCGUCAUAGAUGAUCUUGUCGACUCCACCGACUUGGAUGAGGAAGUGCGCAACUUUUUCUUCUAAGUCGUGCCAAGCUAUCGAUGACGAUACACACACACACACACACACACUCACACACACAAACAUACACACAAACACAUCGUAGAUGUAAGCGUUGUUAUGCCCAUACUAGUCCUUGUACUCUCGUCCCCCUGCAAUCCUUGUCCUCCCCGUCCUCGUCCUCGUCCUCAUUCACAUCCCUAAUCCCUGUCAUUCGUUGUGCUUUGUGUAGCUAGCUUUUAAAACUUAGCCGUUAAGUGUACUUGUACUUGUGAGUCACCCGACAAAAAAAAAAAAAAGAAAAAACAGAAAAUAAUAAUAAUAUAAAUAAUAAUGAUAAUACCAUAUCUACCCUCCAAUUUGCUCCCUCCCGGCACCCCUCCAAGCAGAACCCGUUAACAUAUGUUAUAUAUUUUACAGCGAGUCUCAGAUUUUACUUAACUACGCACAUAAGUCACGAAAAUACCUACUACUACUUACUAAAUAUAUAUAUAUAUAUAUUUAAAUAAAUUGUAUAACGCUACUUUCUGUAUAUAACAACAAUAUAUACAUGCACAUGUAUAUGUAUUUAUUUAUAUAAUGGAAAAGGAUUAAAACCAAAAAGUGUCUUAGACCUACGACCAAAUUAUUGUACACGUUCUAUAAAGCAAAACAAAAACCACUAAAAAACCACACAAACGAAAUUCCUGUAAAAUAAAGCUACAAUUUACCAACUAUUUAUAACAGAUAAUAAUGCUAUUAACGCUACCAUCAGAGCCCAAACAUAGCUAACGGAUAUAUCCAAAAUUACCCUUACGUGCCGUCGAAGCAAUUACUAGUAUUUAAGACCGCGGACCGUUACAGUUAUCGAUAACCCGAUACCGUUACCGAUACCAAUACCAAUACCGAUACCAAUACCGAUACCGAGCCUUCCAGUGCUGUAAAAAACCUUGAUCUAUGUUAAAUUCAAACUGUUUCUAGACCUUUUCGAAUACGAUAAUUGCCAGAAAAGAGAAAAAUAAAUGAUAUAGCGAUAAAUUAUGAAAAAAAAACCCACUAUAAGAUGCAGUAUCACAAAUAUAUAUAUAGCUAAAUCUAUAGUUUAUAUACUUACUAUACACAUUUGGCCAGCUAACACGAGGCGAUCAGGUUGCUAUAGCUCCGAUUCCGAGACGAUCUGAUCGGAUCCGAAAAACUUAACGAAAACAAAAAUGAAUAAACAAAACAGAUAAAAAAAUAAAUCAAAAACGAACUACUCAAAAUUUUUUACAAAACCUAAAGCUAAAUAUACACAUACAUAGUUAGGAGGCAAAGCAAAAUGUAACACAAAUUCGUAACGAACUCUUUAAAUAAUAUAUUAAACCACACACAAUGUAACUUACGCAACAAAUUUUUCGUACCAAAAUUUUAAAUACAAUAUUUUAUUUCAAUUCCAAUCCAAGAAUAAUAAUAUAUAUAUAGAAGAGUCUAAAUUUAUUAAGCGAAUACAAAUUUUUAUGAAACGACAACAAAAUGAAAGCGCAUGCAACUGGCUUUAAAAGUGCAAAAGUUUUAUUAAUUGAGUACCAGAACUUAUAUACAUAAUAUUGUUAAUUAUAUAGUAACGAGAAUUUUGCAAAAAAAAUAUACAUUUUCCUUUUUUUAAUGUCAAUGUAAACCUCUAGUUAUAAACUACAUAAGUAAAAAUUUAAAUCCCUAAAAUAUGCGAAGAAAAACAAAAACAAACAAACAACAAAAAAAUACUUAUAAUUAAUAAUAAUAAUAAUAAUUGUGAACGAUGUUAAGAAAACAGGCGCAUUGAAUUAAGGAAAACAAAUGGAAAAAAAAAAGAAUGAAAAACAAAAAACAAGAACAAAAAACUGCAGCAAAACCUUUUGUUGUUUUAUUUGUUUGCUGUGUGGUGUUUGUUUUUGUUUAUUAUUCAUUUAUUUAAUUGUUUUGAAUGCGCGCGCGUUCGAAAUGAACCGAAAAUAUGUAUAUGUAGAUUAUACAUAAAAUACUAUUACAAUACAGCUAAGUAAUUGUGUAUGUAAUAUAUGAUUACACAAGUUUUUAAAAAUACGAAAACAAAAUCCAAACAACAGGAAUAAGAGUAUAUUCAAUGUAAUAACACAGUUAUUUGUUUCAAAUAAAUCUUAAAUUUAAUUUUAAAUCCAUUA